CAAGACCAUGCGACAAGCAACCCUUGAGUUCCCCAGAUCGUCAGUAGUCAAGUCGCCAACGCGGUCCACUGGGCAAAUAUGUCCCAAGAACGCCUAAGCAAUGACGACUUCCUAACCCGUCUCUCACAACUCUUCACCUCGACACAUACCGCGAGUCAUGGAUCCGUGUAUCUCACGCAAAAGCCUCUCGCCGAUGCACAGCCGCAAAUCCUGAUCCGGGCAACGAACGGUCUAUCCAAGGCUCACCGCACGCCUAAAACCAAAAACACGAAAAUCAGGCUUGCAACAGUCGUUGACACUGCAGAAAUAGACGGAUUUUACAUACGAUAUGCGGAGAUCUGUAAGAAGGGCAUGGAGGGCUUGAGGAAGCGCGACAAGAAGAAGGCAAAGGUGAAAGCCAAGGCGAAGAAGAAGGGGAAGACUGCGAGUUGAGAGAGAGUUCUGACGGCUCACCCGCGGCAGCGCCUGAGCGAUGCAGCAAAUGGAGCUAUGUACGACGACCUUCCGAGAUGCAGCAAACAGCAGCCGAAGGGAGGCAAGAAUUGGUUGAGGUCAAUGGAGGCUCUACAAGGCGACAGUCCGGCUCGCAGUUCACUUGAUGCCGGCUCAACGACCCAGACUCAGAUUGACGCGUGCUAACAGCUGAGGAAAGCCCACAAGGGACAGAGAAGUUACAGAAGCGAUAUGGUCUAUCUAGCAGGUCUCGCGGAGAUGGCGCGUACUGACGCCUCACACUGGCAAUAUACGGUGAAAAUGGAGGUAUCUGUUGACGGAUUCAACCAACACAGAGGUGAGGAGAAAUCAACGAAAUGUGGCAGAUGCAAUCAUCAUAUUCCAUGAUACUCUGUCCUCACUGGUCCGAUUAUAUCAUAAUAGCUGGUAAUCCAUCAAUUCCAUUACCCA